GAAAGCGGUGCCGCCCGCCGGCUGCAGGCGCGGCUGGUGCCCGGCGUUUCCCCGCCUCCUUGCCUUGGGUUUCCCUAAAUAAGGCAGACGAGCGGUGUGUAGCUCCGCCGCACCUCCUUGCACGUCCUUCCCCGAAUAGGGCCUCCCCGUCCCCCGCCGCCCGCGCCCCCGCCUGGGCUGGGCGCGCCAUCCCCACAGCGCAGCCUGUGUAGCCUCCGCAUCCCGGUCUCCGGCCCCUUCCCUGUCUCCCUGUCGCCCCGCCGCCCGAGCGGUCGCCGCCCGUUCCGCCGUUCCUCCGCUGCCAGCACCAUGGGCAGUGAGCAGAGCUCCGAGGCCGAGAGCCGACCCAACGAUCUGAACUCCUCAGUGGCCCCUUCUCCAGCUAAGCAUAGAGCCAAGAUGGAUGAUAUUGUGGUUGUAGCUCAGGGCUCCCAGGCCUCACGGAAUGUCAGCAAUGAUCCCGAUGUCAUCAAGUUGCAAGAGAUUCCAACCUUCCAGCCACUUUUGAAAGGGCUGUUGAGUGGCCAGACUUCUCCAACAAACACCAGACUGGAGAAGUUGGAUUCUCAGCAGGUGCUGCAGCUCUGCCUCCGUUAUCAGGAUCACCUCCGUCAGUGUGCAGAGGCUGUUGCUUUUGAUCAGAACGCUUUGGUCAAACGAAUCAAAGAGAUGGAUCUGUCUGUAGAAACCCUCUUUAGCUUCAUGCAGGAGCGCCAGAAGAGAUACGCCAAAUACGCCGAGCAGAUCCAGAAGGUCAACGAGAUGUCGGCCAUCCUGCGCCGAAUCCAGAUGGGCAUCGACCAGACGGUGCCGCUGCUGGAGCGGCUGAACAGCCUCCUGCCCGAGGCCGAGCGCCUGGAGCCCUUCAGCAUGAAGCCCGACCGAGAGCUCAGGCUGUAGCUGCCUCCCCCCACCGGCUGUGGCCGGGGGACCGCCGGGGCCCCAGGACGCUCGGAACCAAAGGCGUUGGAGGUGACUGAAGGCCACUGGGGGUGUUAACGCUCCCUGAGGGCACGGGAAGCAGUCCAGCCGCCCUGGAGACUGCGAUGCCCCAGCCCUUCCCUUGACGCGCUCUCCCUCUGCAAAGCCAGCAAACCUACUCUCAGUGGUCACCGAAGUUGGAAUGUUUGAACUAUUAGGGAUUCUUUACAGAACUCUGCCUUGGGACUUAUUUUUAUUUUGCGUAGUUUUUUUUUUUUUUUAAUUGACAGUGUAUAUUAUCUAGUCUAGCUUGCAGACUGAAAAUAUGAAGAGAAGGGGAGAAAUAUUUUAAGAAGCUCUGUGUCCUUGACGCCUUCGUGAAAUUUUUCUC